AGGUUUCUAGACGGAUCCCGAAGACUUGGAGAGCGAGUGCCAUUCUGUGCGAUGAUGCAUUGGCGACCGUAGGAUGCGCUUCAUCUCUCUGCGGCACAAAAUAUGCGCCAUGCGGCGCUGUGAGCUACUUAAGCGUAAUUGCAGUAAAUGCAAAUUUUCGCAAAUUAUUCGAGUUAAGCGGCUAUAAAGGCAGUCGCUGAUCGGAUUUGACGAUUUAGAACGUUGAGUGCCACUGGAGGUGCCAUGUCGUGGAGAGUCCUAAGAGCAAUAGGCCUUAUCCUGCUGCUGAAUGAAUCAGUGGUGACGGCAGCCACACCAUCCUCCAAGGAUUUGACAGCACAGAGUCUGAACGAGUUCCGGCAGAGAUAUCUCAUGCCCCUGAUCUCCUCGGACAACAGGAACUGCAGCUUGAAUGCGUGCGAAUCACUGGCGAUUGUCUCCCAGCUUUUGAUGCUUAUUAAUUCGAUGCCCAACGGAACACAGGCCACGAACCAAAGACCAUCAAGGCCCCAGGGAAGUGCAACAAAUCCAACAAAUGGCGAUACUAAUAGCGGAGAAGUCAACGCCAUGUCUCAUCUGGCCAACUUCGAUCUGGUGAAGCGAGUGCGUCAAAUCGAAAGCCGUUUGCGAUCCGUGGAGCAGCCCGUCUGGCGUUUGACCACCGGCAGCGAAAUCGAGUGGAACCACUGCACGUCCGGAGUAUGCCGCUGCAAUCCAGAUACUAAGAGCUUCACCUGCUGGAACACUAACCUUAAAUCGGUGCCGGUUACCCAGGUUAUACCCAUGAACAUGGUGACAAUAGAUCUUUCUAGGAAUAUUUUGUCCACUCUGCACAAGGAUACCUUUCGGGGAUUGACGGUUCUCAGAGAGCUGGAUAUUUCCAAUAAUGUUCUGGACUUUUUACCAUUUGAUUUGUUCCAGGACUUGGAUAGUUUGUUGCAUUUACGAAUUCAAAACAACCAUUUGGAGGACAUUGACCCGCGAACCUUAUGGAAGCUGCGCAACCUCAAACUUCUAGAUCUAAGCAAGAACGAGAUAGGCCUACUCCCAGAAUCCAUAUUCUACCAUGCCCAACGGCUCACAGUGAUCAAUAUAUGCGAUAAUAAAAUUUCAAACUUUCCACCAAAUCUUCUGAGAGAUCAACUUAUGCUGGAAGAGCUUGAUAUGUCCCGGAAUAAAAUCGUUGAGCUCAAUUCGGGCAGCAUUCGAUAUCUGACGAAACUGAAAACAUUGGAUUUUGGUUGGAAUCAAAUAUCCAAGAUUGAUGACGACUUCUUUGCUGGCUUAAAGAAUCUUUGUACUUUGAUUUUGCACAAUAAUCGCAUUUCAUCGCUCUCUGGCACUAUUUUCAAUAAGUUGAUCAAUUUGGAAACCUUGGAUUUGACCAUGAAUCGAAUAAGUCACAUCGAUGGUAAUGCGUUUGUGGAGCUCAAAAAUCUGAAUGAAUUGUUUCUGGGGCAGAACUCAAUGUCAAGUAUUCCAGCGGAUCUAUUUCUGAAUGUCAGUGCCCUCACCAGACUGACCCUCUUUUCAAAUAAUCUUACCACUUUGGAGGCUGGCGAUUUUCGAGGACUCAGCAAUCUUAAGGUUCUUCUGCUAAACAAUAAUGUUUUGAAAAACUUUGAUGCUAGGGCUUUUGAACCACUUACCGAGUUGGAAAAGAUUCGCAUUGAUUCAAACAAACUGAUGUUUCUACCCACUGGAGCCCUGCAUGGCCUGGAGAAAUUAGUGGCGGUUAAGCUGGACAAGAAUCCCUGGCAUUGUGACUGCAGAGCUCUCUAUCUGGCCAGGUGGAUUCGGGAGUUUGUUCUUAAACUCUGGGACGGACAACAACCGAUGUGCCGUGGUCCCGGGGACUUGGGGGGUCACGAGGUCGGCCUUUUGAGAUACGAUGACCUCUGCGAUGGGCAGUGGGCCAGCAUGUUGUCCCUUUCGCCUCGACUGCCGGUUCGCAAGCACCAGAUCUCGACGCCAAUGAAUUAUACGGAUUAUUUCAACCUUUAUCUGAAGCACAUCUAUAAUGGCACCACCGACGAGGAGCUCAAAGAGGCCGAGAUAACAAGUGUGGCUAUUAAAAAAGUGCAAACGGAUUAGAAGUCAGAAUAUAUAGAAAAUAGAAGAUUUCGAAUAGAAGAUAGAAGAAUAAAUAGAUCAUUUAGAAGUUUUUGGUCCAAAAUAUGGACAAUAUUCAAUACUUCCACACCACUCUAACAAUAUUUUAGAAUUUUAAAAAGGCGUCAGAGAAUAUAUUAUAAAAAGGUUGAAAGGAUAUACAGGAUGAACGAUUAUACUUAUUUUCGGUAUCUAUAAAAUACUCCCACUCCUUCUCUUUGAAAUAAAUUUAAAGUCAAUUAUGAAUUGCUUUGCAGACGUUUAUUAUUAAUUUGCAACCUCAUGCACAAAUAAAGUAUCCUUUGGAACCUCUA